ACACUUGUAGUGCGCUCUGCCCAAGCGAUCUGUCCUGCCUGUAAUACGUUCCUGGGUUCCACAGCCAGAAGACUGGAGUGUCUAUUCACGACCAGUAAACCAGACCAGUGUGCUGCAACAGCUUCAGUCUACAGAACGGAUACCAUUCGGUUGGGGUUCAAGACUGGGCUUUUUGGAUCUGAAGAUAUUCUCUAUUGGAAUAUAUUCGGACUUUUCUUUCUGCUUUUCUAGCGAGGAUAUUUAUUUUGAUUGUUUUUUUUUCUCUUUCCUUUUUGUGUGUGUGUUGAUUCAAGAGGAAUUAAAGGAGGCCACAACGUGAUCCAGCGAGCAGGGGUCUGACCGUACGGGACCUGCGCCAGCCGAGGAUCCGUCUGUUGUCCCGUCGUCCGUUGGUCUCCUGAGGAAUAGCUGAAGGGACGUACCAUUCUGUUACCAAAGUACUUUGGAUUAAUGUACGGCACAGGCUCACGGUGGGAGAACGUGAUUCUGGGUUUCCUGCAGGGCUGGAGUACAUGAGUGAUACAGGCCUGGAGUGAGCCUGUACUAUCAGGAUUGGUGUUGGCAUGGCUCAGUCCAUCUUUUGGACCUUCUUUUCAUCAUGACUGAUCAGCUUGACCACAGACCCUGAGGAGAGCCUGUAACUGCCGGAGGAUCUUUCCUAAGAGGACGGGGCCUCUAUGUGACACAAAGAGAUCUAAGUUAAACGAUACAAAGACUCUACAACUACUACGACUACAACAGAACAACAACAAAAAAACACAAACACUCAGGCUUGCUUUUGAGAGGAAAAGCCUGCAGCUUUGUCUGAGUUUGAGUGGAGAUGCUUUUUCCACCACUGACAGUCAUGGCAAAGCCUUUGAUGGCUUGAGCAGCUGACAAAACAAGAGGAGGGUCAGCUCAAAAAAACAAGGAUCAGUUUAAGUUCAAACACACUGAUCCGGGUCACAAUAUAACCAAGGGUAUAACCAAACACCUUCCCUCUCUCUCUCUCUCUCUCUCUCUCUCUCUCUCUCUCUUAAUACGCAAAUAAACUUAAGCUUUCUGAAAAGGACUUAAUAGGAAAGAUUUCAACGUCAAUCUCGAUUGGAUCUGCUGGAUUGGGAAAGGAUUCUUCGGUGGCUGGAUAGCGAUUUUUUAAAAUCAGGGAGAAGACACCACAACCUCAAAACAAGAUGGCCGCCCAAUGCAAGAACUUCCUGCUCUUCUUGACUAGGGUAGGCCUACUUCUGGGUCUGGCUAACCCUCUGGUGACCUCCGCCUCCUGCCCCUCGGCCUGCCGGUGUGAUGGGACCUUCAUCUACUGUAAUGAUCGAGGCCUCACCUCUAUCCCUACCGGCAUUCCGCUAGAUGCUACUAUUCUCUUCCUCCAAAACAACAGGAUCAAGAGCGCCGGCAUCCCCACCGAUCUGAAGAGGCUAAGCAACGUCGAGAAGAUCUAUCUGUACUGCAAUAAUCUGGACGAGUUCCCCCAAAACCUGCCGAUCGGGGUCAAAGAGCUGCAUCUACAGGAGAAUAAUAUCCGCAUGAUUACGCAUGCGUCGCUGGGUCAGAUCCCGCUGAUCGAGGAGCUACACCUGGAUGAUAACUCCGUCUCGGCGGUGAGCAUCGAGGAAGGAGCGUUCAGGGACAGCAAUCACCUGAGACUACUCUUUCUCUCCAGGAACCAUCUGAGCACCAUCCCGUCCGGCCUUCCGCAGACCAUCGAGGAGCUGCGCUUCGACGACAACCGCAUCUCGUCAAUAUCAGAGGCAUCCCUGCAGGACCUGAUCAACCUGAAGAGACUCGUCCUGGACGGGAACCUGCUCAACAACCGCGGCAUCGGCGAAAUGGCCUUCAUCAACCUGAUUAAUCUCACCGAGCUCUCCCUGGUGAGAAACACCCUUACGUCGCCGCCGGCUAACUUACCAGGAACCAGUUUGGAGAAACUGCAGCUCCAAGACAACCACAUCAACCGGGUACCGGCCGGAGCUUUUGCUUUCCUCAGGCAGCUGUAUCGGUUGGAUCUAUCAGGCAACAACCUGAGCAGUCUGCCUCACGGAGUGUUCGAAGACCUGGAUAACCUCACGCAGCUCCUGCUCCGUAACAACCCGUGGCAGUGCACUUGCCGGAUGAAGUGGGUGAGAGACUGGUUAAGGUCCCUGCCAACAAAAGUCAACGUCCGGGGGUUUAUGUGCCAGGGACCAGACAAGGUCAAGGGCAUGGCUAUUAAGGAUUUGUCCAUGGACUUGUUUGACUGUGGAGGAUCUGACUUGGGCAGGGGCCAGGGGGACCCUACCGAGACCAGCACUGUCUCUAACACCUUACUGCCCUCACAACCCCAAUGGCCUUCCUUUGUGACCAAAAGACCAGUGGUGAGAAUGCCUGACAGGAAUAAGAACUACCGAAGUACUACGACACCGUCAGGGAGAAAGAUCAUCAGGAUCAGCGUGAAGUCGAGCAGUGCAGAGACAGUGCACAUCUCCUGGAGGGUUUCUGUACCCUUGACUGCCAUGAGGCUCAG